AUGAGGGUCACCUACUCUCGUAUCCUCCUUCUUCUUUUAAUUUUCAGUAUUGGAGCAUUUAUCGGGACAAUUCACGCUCUUCGGCCUUUGUCCAAUGUUAUCAAGCGCUUCCCCGGUGAUUCGCACAGCAGUGUCACCAGGGAAAAGGCACGACAAUGUAACGCAGACGAUCCAGCAAGUUGGGGUUACGCAGCUUGUAGCACCCUGAUCAGAUGUAUUCUGGGUAAUCUCGAAGAUAUUUUGAAAAGCGAUUUGGCCAUUGGAACUACUAUACUCGGUUUGGUGCCAAGUAUCUUGAUAAUUGGCGCUGCACAGCCCGGAGAGAUUGUGCACCUGGCUCUUGUGUCGCCGCAUAGAGCAUUGGCAGUGUCUAUCUUUGGUGUCGCGCUAUCUCCAAGUUUAUUCAAGUGGGUGACCCCUCUGAAAUCAACCUUGAGAGAAUAUUCUGAAAAGACUUGGGAGAUCGAACUAGCUCGGUUUACGAGACGAUGGUCAUGGAAGCACAUGGUCUGCAAAGCGCUAGCUGAUCUCACAAUACUUGGCAUGGCAUCCAUUGCUUUGUGGCAGAACUGGAACGUCAACUCAGCUGUUAUGGUUCAGUGGUUGUGCGAAUCUCCUCUUAUGAUUUUUACAUGGCCUCUGGCAAACAUGACCUGGGUCAUCUUUUCCGUGCUGCUGCUUCACUCAAUGGCCAAGGACAUAAGAUUCCAGCACAUUUCUCUCAACAUAAGCUACAACUGGCGGGAAGUGCUUCUUCUACCAUACACUCUAGACGUUGAGAAAAGAUACGAAUGGAAAGUCCAAUCGAUUACUGUACUGUCGACGCCACAUCUCAAAAUUCCAUAUCUACAGUUCGUGCCAACUCGCCCAGCAAUAUCUAGAGAAACUCACACUAUACGGAUCAUUGUCAACAUGUCUGAUGACCAGUUCACUUUUAAGUGGCAGGUCUAUUUCUUUAUCAUUGAGAUUUGCGCCAUCGGCAUAUACUUUUAUGCGACCUUUGUUCUUCUCAGUGCUGUUUUUAUAGGCGCUGUUGGAAGCGUCAGGUUUGGGGCUACCAUGGCUGCACUUUAUGCGGUAAUCCGAUUUAUUCAGUGUAUUUUCUAA